ACGGAUUCUCUCGGUGGAGCAGAGGAAAAUGUACAUCCCAACGACACAUUGCUAGCUGAUCCUGCAAGGACACUGUCCCCUGCCCUCUUCCCUGCCUCUGCUAUGGACACUUCUGCUUUCAGCCUCCCCACACCGGCAGCGUCAGAGGAGGGGAAUGCCUCUGGCAGCUGGACAGGCUUCACCACCCCCAACAGCUCCGCCACUGCCAGCCCUGGUGUGGUUGUCAGCGGUGUCCUCAUCCCCCUGGUCUACCUCAUUGUCUGCGUGGUGGGACUGGCUGGAAAUUCUCUGGUCAUUUACGUGGUGCUGCGGCACUCUGUGAGCGAGUCAGUGACCAAUGUCUACAUCUUAAAUCUGGCCCUAGCUGAUGAGCUUUUCAUGCUGGGCCUGCCGUUCCUGGCUGCACAAAAUGCCCUGUCCUACUGGCCAUUUGGGUCUUUCAUGUGCCGCCUGGUGAUGGCUGUGGAUGCCAUUAACCAGUUCACCAGUAUCUUCUGCCUGACAGUGAUGAGUGUUGAUCGCUACCUGGCUGUGGUCCACCCAGGGAAGUCCUCCAAAUGGCGGACAGCACGGGUGGCCAAGGCUGUGAGUGCAACUGUGUGGGUGCUGUCUUCUGUGGUGGUGCUGCCUGUGGUGGUCUUCUCAGAUGUGCCCUUAGGUAUGAGCACAUGCCACAUUCAGUGGCCAGAGCCUGCCUCAGUUUGGAGAGCUGGCUUCAUCAUCUACACUGCUACCCUGGGGUUCUUCGGGCCACUGCUGGUGAUUUGUCUCUGCUACCUUCUUAUCGUCGUGAAAGUCCGUUCAUCUGGCAGGCGGGUGAGGGCUCUGUCAUCCAAGCACAAGCUUUCAGAACGCAGGGUGACCCGCAUGGUGGUGACUGUUGUGGCUGUAUUUGUACUUUGCUGGCUCCCCUUCUAUGUCCUCAACAUAAUCAAUGUCGUCUGCCCACUGCCAGAGGAGCCAUCACUCUUUGGUGUCUACUUCCUUGUGGUGGUGCUGCCAUAUGCUAACAGCUGCGCCAAUCCUAUCAUCUAUGGCUUCCUCUCCUACCGCUUCAAGCAGGGCUUCCGGAGGGCCAUCCUCAGGCCAUCCCGCCGAGUCCAGAGCCAGGAAGUGCCAGAAUGUCCUCCAGAGAAGACUGAUGAUGAAGGGGAAGAGGGUGAGAUCAGCAAGAUCACCCAGAAUGGUAAGGACAGGCAGGAACACCCUCUAAGCAGUGGGGAAGGAGAAAGCAAUGAGCAAAAACCACUCCCUGAGGAGCCUAUGGGAUGUGAAAAGAGCAACAAGUUGCAUGUCAGUUAUUUAUGA